AUUGUCUCACAGUUGUUCUUAUAUAUAUCUCCUGCACCUUCCAAUAUGAUACUAUCUCAAACCAUGGCUUGCAGAAACAUUAUGUCCAUUUUAUCCACCAUGCAGACACAGAAACUUUACACUACGAAAAAACAAAGUCAUCCUGAAAAGAGGAUUUCUACCUAUAAACCAAACACUUGGAAAUAUGAUCAUCUGCUUUCUCUUACAAGUCAAUAUUCUGAAGAGAAGUACAAAGUUCAAGCUGAGAAGCUAAAAGAGGAAGUGAGUUGCACAUUUUCAAACACUCAUGACCCAAUGGCCCUUCUAGAGCUUAUAGACAGAAUUGACAAGCUUGCCCUCAGUGGUUACUUCGAGGAUGAAACCAAGGAAGCUUUGGAAAAGAUUGUUAUGUGCAUGAAUAGUGGUGUUAAUUAUUCAAGCUCAAAGGAGGAGGAUCUCUAUGCCACUGCAUUGUGCUUCAGGCUCCUCAGGGAACAUGGCUACCAUGCUUCACAAGAUAUGUUAAAGGACUUCUUCGAUGGCAAAGGGAAACUCGUGACAAAGAAAGUCUCAGAUAUCAAAACAUUAUUGGAGCUUUUGGAAGGAUCAUAUCUGAGCAUGGAUGGUGAAAAUUUACUAAACGACAAAAACCUCAAGAGUAUUUUAUCUAUAUCACCGGAUAUUGACAGUUUUACUAAUAGCUUGAAUUAUCCGUUGGCAAGAAGAGUAAGAUGGUAUGACGUUAGAAAACACAUAUAUGCCCAAGAUGUACUAGAAGGCAACAAUAAUCCAAUGUUGCUCAAGUUAGCAAAACUUAACUUCAAUAUAAUUCAAGCCACGCACCAAAAAGAUCUCAAAGAUGUAAUCAGAUGGUGGAGGAAUCUUUCCAUAGUUGAAGAUUUGUACUUUACAAGGGACAGGAUAGUAGAAAGCUUCUUCUACGCUGUAGGAAUUGCCUCUGAGCCUCAACAUGGAAGCAUGAGAAAAUGGCUCACCAAAGUGAUUCAAUUAAUUUUAAUUAUAGAUGAUGUUUAUGAUAUUUACGGUUCAUUAGCUGAUGUGCAGAAAUUUACUCGUGCCAUAGAGAAGUGGGAUGCAAAUGAAGUACAACUGUUACCAGAGUGUAUGCAGAUCUGUUUCAGAGCAUUGGAUGAUACAAUGCAAGAGAUAUCGUUUGAAAUUCAAGAACAAAAGUGUGGAUCCUCAGCAUUACCUUAUCUGAAACAAGUGUGGGUCAACUUCUGUAAAUCAUUGCUGGUGGAAGCUAUGUGGUACCGCAAAGGCCAUAUACCAACACUUGCAGAGUAUCUUGAUAAUGGGUUGAUCUCAUCCUCCGGUCCAUUGCUCUCCUUUCAUGUGAUGUUUGGUCUGACAAAUGAAAUAAUAAGUGAAAGGCUUGAUUUAUGCGCAAAUUUCCAAGAAAUUGUUUACCACACUUCAAUUAUAAUUCGACUUUGCAAUGACCAGGGUACCUCAGCGGCGGAACUAGAGAGAGGUGAUGUUGCUUCAUCAAUUUUAUGUUACAUGCAAGAGGAAAAUGUGUCAGAGGAUGUAGCUAGAGAGCAUAUCGAAAGCAUAAUCUUGGAUUCCUGGAAGAAGAUCAAUUACCAUUUUAGUACGCUUUCUACAUCACAUAGGAAACUUGUUAAGCAUGUAAUAAACGAGGCACGAAUGGCCUAUGUCAUGUACCAAUUUGGGGAUGGAUUUGGGGUUCAAGAUGGCAAAACUCGGGAUGAGGUCCUGUUCAACUUGUUUGAACCCAUUACAUAAUCUCAAAUUAAGAAAUUAAACUUGAAGUUGUCGACU